AUGUAGGUUCAAGAAGGUUUUACAUAAAACAAUAAAACCCUAUAACCCAAGUGCUUUCAAAAGAUAGACCUUUCUUUUUCUUAUGUUUGUGUGUGUAAUAUAUAAUGUGUAACAUAGCACACUAAUUAGAAAAGGCAGAGACAGAUACAACUUAUGUCAAAUUAAGUUGGGCAUUAAUAUUGGAAGAAACUAGAAUAUAUUGUUGGAGAGAAGAGAGCCUAUGUCAAAGUGUAUAAUACCAGUAGAAUCAAUAGUAUUAAUAUCUUUAUAUUUUUACAUAGGUGUGUCUGAGCAAAAAAAAAAAAUGUGUUUAUUAUGAAAUUGAUAGAGAAAACUUCUAAUGAUGAUAUCCAAUUUUUAUGUUGAACAAUGAUAAUUACGUUUUUCUGUGUCAGAUGGCCUACUACAAACAAUAUGGGAAAACGGUGGCAACAUACGAGUCAUGCAGCACUUCUGCUUUCAAACAUGGCCGAACCGAAACCCUACGUCCUGCUACCAUGGCAACAAAGAAAUGCACAGAGGCUUUCAAUUCAAGAUGUAAACCAACUCCAUUAGAACUGCGAAGUUUGUUAAUGGAUUGUUCCAAAUUACACAAUCAGCUAACCAAAGAAGCAGCUAUGGGUCAAGGAUUCGAUAGACACAUGUUUGGCUUAAAGCAUGUGGCAUCAAAGAAGGGGACAGUGCUUCCUGAAAUCUUUCAGGAUGAAGCCUACGUAGCUGCCAAUCACUUUAUUCUUUCCACUUCCACCUUGUCUGGAGCAGCUUUCCGAGGAGGAGGCUUCGGAGCAGUGGUGCCAGACGGCUAUGGAAUUGCCUAUGGUUUCUUUGAGAAUAUGCUUGGUUGCCUUGUGAGUUCCUAUGAUGGUUUCUGUGACGGAAAACAGUUUGUGGAGUGUAUGAAGAUUAGCCUUAAUGAGAUUCAUGAUGUCCUUUAUUCUACACGCAGCAAGCUUGAGAAGAUUGAUGAUGAAGGAAGUUUGUGAAUGUCUAUUAAAAACUUCUAUUGACUAAACUAAAGAUGUAGUGUUAGUUUAUUUUAACAAUAUAUAUACGAGAACAAUUUGUUUGAUGAAAAGGUUUACUUUAAUUUUUAAAAAUAUUGAAGUUUCAGAAAAUAUGGUUAAAAGUUUCUAUUUUCAGAAGAAAAAAAAACCUAAGCAGAUUUUUCCUUUUGAUCAUUCCUUAUGAUAAUAAGAAUAUUGAAGAUUUCAGGAAUAGCUUAAUAGUUGUUGUGCCUGAGAUUUUUGCAAUUAUUGCACGAAAAAAAUUUUGAUUAAUUGAAAUAAAGCAAAUUGUAAACACAUUUAAUUCCUUUAUAAUUUGGUAUAUUUUUUACCUAAUGAAAUCUGUGUUGUAUUUGUGUAAAUCUUUUUUAUUGUAUGGAAUCUUGUUUCUGCAACAUCUGACAGAGAAAUAAUCACAAAAACAUUUUUUUAGGAAGCAUUAUAUUAUGAUCUCAAUUUGAAUUGAUUUCAUUUUUUUCAAGAUUUCUUUAGUGUUCUUGGACUAUUACAGUUUGGUUACUUUAUCACCAGUUUUGUACACUGCUAGAGUUACUCCUGUACCUGUCAGAAUUUAAUAAAGUGAUUUUGAUAAAAACA